AUGACCACAAGUGAUACUAUUCUAGUCCUGUGCAACCAAUAUCAAAGAUUCAAUUAUGCUGCAACUCUUCUGAGUGAAUAUUUUGAACAAGUAGCUGACCAAUAUUCUAUCCCCUUGAAAGAAGAAUUUGAUGAUAUCUACGACUUCAUUAUUAUUGGAAGCGGACCAGGCGGUUCAGUUAUGGCCAACAGGUUGUCGGAAAUUCAGGACUGGAAAAUUCUGCUUUUGGAAGCUGGUGGACAAGAAAGUCCUCUGACUGAUGUGCCUCUACUUGCUAGUGUGUUGCAGAGAUCUAAAUAUGAUUGGAAUUAUAAAACUGAACCACAAACCCGAUGUUGUUUGGACGAACAAGGCUACUGCUCUUACCCUAGAGGGAAAGCCUUAGGAGGAACAAGUGUAAUAAAUGGAAUGCUGUAUGCCCGAGGAAACAAAUAUGAUUAUGAUACAUGGCAGGAUUUGGGAAAUAUAGGAUGGGAUUACAAUAAUGUAUUGGAAUAUUUUAAGAAAUCUGAAGACAUGCACGUUGAAAAUCUACAGAGUUCACCUUACCAUAGUACAGGUGGGUAUUUGACCAUAGAUUCCAAUAAAUUUGAAACACCGUUGGACGAAGCAUUGAUAGAAGCAGGAAGAGAGUUAGGGUAUGAAGAAAACGAUAAUAACGGUGCCAAUCAAACUGGUAUGAUACGUCCUCAAAGUUUUCUCAGGGAUGAAAGAAUUUGUCAAUCGCCACUGGGGCAUUUGUCAAGAAUAUUUUAA